GUGCGUAAUAAUUGUCAGCUGUCUUGCAAAUUUAAAUGCUUUAUGUUUACUAACAAAUGUAUAAUUCAUAAUAAAUAAUAUUCAAUUAAAAACUUAUGUAAAUUCUUCCUUUCAUGUACACAAAUGUUCUUUAUUGAUCUCUACAAAUUAACUUUUAAACCUAGAUAAUUUAUUUUUUUAUUUAUUAUCAUAUUUUUUAUUUUGUGAAGGAGACUUAGACAAUGUCCAAUACAUGCGAAGCUUUAGAUAAUGCUAAUAUCAGUCCUGUGGGAACUAAAGUUAAACACACCAGUACACCUUUGAGAACUAGACGGAAAACCUCCAGGAGAGAUCAAGGAUUGGAUGUGCAUACAGUAGCAACUUCAACCCCUAAUCCCCAUCGCUCUCCUCGACUUCAACGUCUUCGGCAAGAUUCUCCAAGAUUGUUGAAUUCACCUUCUUCAUCGAUUCCCUGUUCGCAAGAUGGUCACCCUGAUGUUGUCUGGGACUUCACUUCCCCUAAACUAACUAAAGGAUCUAGGAAAAGAGAUUUAAAAAUUACUGUGCAGGAAUUAUUAGAGAAUUUAAAUCAAACUCAGGCUGUUGAGUGUGAUUCAAAAUCAAGCAGUUACACCAAACUUCUUGAAAAUUGGAUGUCUAAACAACCUGCAGAACAGACUAUAAAAGAAAUAAAAAACCAGAAGAACGAUGUAAAAAAGCGUUCUAAACGUGGAGUUGAGAAGUUUAAGAAAUUUAUAGAAUCUAUACAAAAUUCGAAGAGCGACAAUUCACCAUCACAUUCAAAGUCUCCUCUAGAAAAAAACAAAAAUGGUGAUGUUUCUUUGCUGGAGCAAAAUACAAGUUUUAAAAAUUCCUUUCUUGAGGGUGGUAAAUCUGACGAUUCAUCUGAAGAGUUGUGGGGCGAUGCUGACAAUAGUUUUAUAGUUAAAGCCACUCAAGAACUUGAUAAAGUCAAUGCUAUUCCCACUACAACUCGAACAGGGGAUGUACUAUCUACCAUUCCUGAAACCGUACCUAAUCCAUCUAUUUCAAAAAAUAAUUCUCAAACUUCAGAAAUAGAAUUGAGGAAACAUUCUUGUGAAGAGCAUGCUGACAUCCUCUUACAUCUGAGCAAUAUCGAUUGGGACGGUGACAAUGAAUGGGACAAUGGAUUUCUUCUAGAAGAUGAUGAUCUAAGUUUAGUGCCAGAUAAUGUCUUGAGCGGAGAGACCAACACCAAGGAGGUAGAAUUUAACCACAAUAUCAAUGGUAAUGGACAUUCAGUGGUAAAUACGAAAGUCGCAGCAUCAGAUGAAAUCAGAAACAUCCGUGUUGUAAAAACUAAGACUGAAAGAAAUUCAUUUUUGGAAGAAAUUGAAUUUGCUGCAAAUUGUCCAAAUAACGAAUUAUAUAAUAGUUUUGAAGAUAAUAAUUUUGAGGAAGAAUCCCUACUUUGCCAACCUGAGGUUUUAUCUAGAUUAGACGAAGUAGAAAGUAUGCUAUCACAACCAAAGUGUACACCAGAGGAAAUAAAAAAGAAAAAAGCUGAAGCCCUCAAUAGGCGUAAAAAGACUCAACUUAAAAGGAAAAAUUAGUUUAUAAAUAUUAUAAAAUGUACAUAGUUUUGAGUUAUAGUUUUAUAAGAAAUUUUGUAUUUACUUUUUUCAAAAAAUAAAUAUUUCUAUUUAUUAAAA